CGGGGAAACGGAGAGGGUCACGUGCGCGGCCGAGGCCCCGCCCCGGGGAGCGGGAGGGGCGGCGACUGUCACGUGAGGAUCAGCGGAGCCGGGGUCACGUGAGGAUCAGCCCCCCUAACAACCAUCCGGAGCCGCGAUGGCCGCCGAGGAGCGGGCCCCACUGCUGGAGGCCGCCGCCCGCCGUAGCGGCCGGGAGCAGCCGCACCUCGGUAAAAUAAGGAAUGGGAAUCUAUACCUGGCCACGUUUGCUGCUGUGUUGGGCCCCCUCAGUUUUGGAUUUGUCCUUGGUUAUAGUUCUCCUGCCAUUCCAGAACUGGAGUCUAAUGUAAACCCAAAUCUGAAACUUGAUUCCACUCAGGCUUCCUGGUUUGGGUCCUUAGUUACCAUAGGAGCAGCCGUGGGUGGCAUAGUAGGAGGAUGGCUCGUUGAUAAAUUUGGCAGAAAGCGAAGUCUGAUGAUGUGUGGUCUUCCAUAUAUUACUGGGUUUACAGUCAUUGUUGGAGCGCAGAAAAUCUGGAUGCUUUACACUGGCAGAAUCAUGACUGGGUUAGCCAGUGGAAUAACAUCACUUAUUGUGCCAGUUUACAUUUCUGAAACAGCUCAUCCUAAAGUACGGGGGCUUUUGGGGUCCUGCGUUCAGCUGAUGGUAGUAACAGGAAUCAUGGGUGCAUACGUUGGAGGAAUGAUUUUGCCUUGGUACUGGCUCGCUGUGUUCUCCUCUGUUCCACCCACCAUCAUGGUAAUACUCAUGUGUUUCAUGCCUGAAACCCCAAGGUACCUACUGAGUAAGAACAAACGCUCUGAAGCACUAGCUGUUCUGGUGUGGCUUAGAGGACCUGAAGUAGAUUGUGAGCAGGAAUGCAGGCAGAUUGAAGAGAGCUGCAGUGCACAGAAUACCAAAUUUGUACUGUCCGAUCUAAAAGAUUCAACAGUCUACAAGCCUUUACUUAUUGGGAUAUUUCUGAUGCUAUUUCAGCAGUUAAGUGGGAUCAAUGCUGUUAUGUUUUAUGCUGAAACCAUCUUUGAGCGAGCAAAUUUUAAGCACAGCAGUGAAGGUUCGGUAAUAGUUGGUGUUGUUCAGGUGGUGUUCACUGCAAUAGCUGCUCUUAUCAUGGACAAAGCAGGGAGAAAAAUCCUCCUGGCAAUAUCAGCUGUGAUCAUGGCAAUCAGUACACUGGUCUUUGGAGUGUAUUUUAAAAUCUGGCAAGAAAACGUCAAUAAUUCUUCUCUUCACAAAGCUUACGCUCAGAAUUCAGUCUCUGUGGCAACAGAUGCUCCAACUUGGUUACCCCUUAUCUGUCUAGUUAUUUUUAUAGCAGGUUUUGCCAUUGGCUGUGGCCCAAUUCCAUGGCUGGUGAUGUCAGAGAUAUUUCCUGUGAGGGUGAGAGGCAUAGCAAGUGGAGCAUGUGUCCUAACAAACUGGAUAACUGCAUUUCUAGUAACCAAGGAAUUCAAUGAUCUUCUUGAGAACAUUACUCAGUACGGGACCUUCUGGCUCUUUUCUGGUUUCAGUUUCAUGAAUCUCCUCUUCACGAUACUCUUCGUACCUGAAACAAAGGGGAAAACCCUGGAACAAAUUGAGGCCCACUUUAAAGGAUCUACCUACAGACUGGCAAACUGAGUUACCUGUUUUUAAAGACACUCUAUAUUUGUGAUUGUUAUACACAGACCUCUUAGCGUAGUUAAACAAUACUAUGGCUAAGCCUUCAAAUAUACUGCAAACCCUAUUUUGUUUACUUUUAUUCAUCCACCAUUAUCAGUUGAUGGUUUUACAGGAAGUGUGGCAAAAACAUUGGGUCUAUGAGAUGGCACUCAGUAGCCAAGCUGCAUCAGCCUAAGAAGCUGAAGACUGGGCCCAAGUGACUGCUGUCAUUCCUGUGGUUAAUGUUUUGGAUAAAUUUUAAAUGACUUUUUACCUUAUUUGAAUGUGUUUGCGCAUCAAAGUGGUUGUAUAAGUGAUUUAGUGGAGAAAUGCUACUAACUUUGUUUACCUUGGGGUUAGUUUUAACUAGGCAAGUGUAAUUAACAAAUCGGGCACCCAUUUUACAUCUCUCAAUUUUAAUUUGCAUCCCACUGGGAGAGGUGAGACUGGCUUCCUGAUUUUUUUUUUCUCUCUGUUGCCCAUUGUCAAAAUGACCUCUUAUUUUCUUUAUCACUCUUUCUGUGCUUGCAAUGCUUUUUCUUAAAGAAAACCUCUAUAUUGAGGCCCAUAUUUAAACAGGGACUGUUUAUGCAAUCAAUUACUCUGACCAUUUUAAAGAAAAAUGUAUGGAGGUUUGUAAUAAGGGCACAUUAGUCAUUUCUACCUCUUUUAAGAGCUGGGCAUGAUUAGGGAAUUCCAAUUCCCCAACGAGAUCUGAGAAAUUGUGCAAUCAAAUCUGGAAUGGAGCAGUUAAAAAUAAGCUGCAGAGAAAAUUGCUCACCUGAAAAUCAAAACAAAACAUGCCAGAAAUCUGAAAUAAAAACGGAAAAUGUGGGAAACACUCAGCAGGUCAUUUGGCAUCUGUGGAAAGAGAAACUGUUAAUAUUGAAAGUCCAAGACCCUUUGUCAGAAUGUCCAACAUUUUCUGUUUUUAAAUUGCUUACUUGCCUUGGGUGCCAGAGCUGGACAGCUGAAAGCACAGAACUCUUAAAAGUGGAAGAUUUAUUAAGGGUUUUAUUUGCUCCUGACCAGUGGAUGGAAACAAACAAGAAAUAAUGAAGUUUCGCUGUUGUGCAGAAUAUUUGUGGGGCAUAAUUUUAAUCUUUGCCUUCCCAACUUGGUGUCUGUUGGGUACGUUGUUUUUAUACAAAAACUGAAAACAUACCAUGCAGAAAUUGGUAAACUUUAAUCAUGCUAUUUUAAGUGUUUAACUUGAUGGACAUGUACAUUCCUUGUUGCCUUGAUAUUUGUGCAUGUUUUAAACAGAUUAAAUAUUUUUAAUCUGUUGGUUUUAAAUAUUUUCAUUUAAAAUUUCUUAAGGAUCCAGGUUUAACACUACCUCAUUGAGAUUGUUUAAUCUGUGAAGCAUAACAUGUUUGCACUGUUUAUUGAUUAUGUUAAAUGUUCUGCUGAUACUAUGAUAAACUGAGUCAUUUAAAAGAAGCUAACAUAAUUGUAUGCCAAUCAGUAUUAUUGAGAACUUGAUGUUCCUGAUUAAAAUAGGGGGAAAAAAACCUGUUAAGAUAAAUGUUGUUUUGGAUUUUCUAUUUGCAAUGCUUUUAGUCCAGAGCACAGUGAUUUCUUUUUAUCCUUUUGACCAAGUAACCUUGCUGUCAACUACUAAUGCAGAAGGACUCGAGUGAACCAAUUUUUCAAGAGGGCCAGGUAUGGGUGCAAGGUUAGAGAGAGAGUAGAAAUCUCCCCUCCUUCCCAUGAGGAGAAUGGCAAUGCAAGUAGAUUUACAGAACACUAGUUACUGUAAUUUGCUGUCAGUUUUAGAGAUGCAUUGAUAGUUGUUAAGAAUAAAGCAUUGCUUUAUUUACCAUCACCUAUUUUAACUUUAAGAUCUCUUUAUUAGCCACAUGUACAUUGAAACACACAGUGAAAUGCAUCUUUGCAUUGGGUGCUCUGGGGGCAGCCCGCAAGUGUUGCCACACUUCUGGCGCCAACGUAGCAUGCCCACAACUUCCUAACCCGUACGUCUUUGGAACGUGGGAGGAAACCGGAGCACCCAGAGGAAACCCAUGCAGACACGGGGAGAAUGUACAAACUCCUUACAGCGGCUGGAAUUGAACGCAGGUCGCUGGCACUGUAAUAACGUUAUACUAACCGCUACACUACCACAACAUGUUCCAACUUAACUUGGAACUCGGGUCUUGUGCAAGUACCACAGCCCAAGAACAAAAUAUUGUUGUACCAAGGUCCUACCCCAAACAGGUUUUGUUUGUUUUGUAAUAUUAGGUUGUCAGUACAAUUGUCUUCUCAAAAAAAUUAAAC